AUGGUUGGCUUCGAGGAGAGUUUUACGGACGCCUACUCGGACCAGGAUAUCCUGUGCCGGCUCAGCGCUCCUGGUCUCCAGGACGCCUACUCGGACCAGGAUAUCCUGUGCCGGCUCAGCGCUCCUGGUCUCCAGGACGCCUACUCGGACCAGGAUAUCCUGCGCCGGCUCUACGCGCUGUUUCCCCAGUGCGCCUUCACAGCCCAUAUAUCCUGCGCCGGGCAUAUGUACGGUGUCUCCAGUGAGCCUCCACAGUCCACCCGGUGCCACUUGUACCGGUUCCAUGAAUCAGGCCUCCAGUGCACCUCCACAGUCAAGUACAUCCUGUGCCUCCUCCCAGCACUCGCCCUGAGGUGCUUGUCAUCAGCCCGGUGCCACCUGUACCGGUUCCACGAAUCAGGCCUCCAGUGCACCUCCACAGUCCAGUACGUCCUGUGCCUCCUCCCAGCACUCGCCCUGAGGUGCUUGUCAUCAGCCCGGUGCCACCUGUACCGGUUCCACGAAUCAGGCCUCCAGUGCACCUCCACAGUCCAGUACGUCCUGUGCCUCCUCCCAGCACUCGCCCUGAGGUGCUUGUCAUCAACCCGGUGCCACCUGUACCGGUCCCACGCAUCAGGCCUCCAGUGCGCCUCCACAGUCCAGAGCUUCCAGCGACAGUUCACAGUCCAGAGCUUCCGGCGACAGUUCCCAGUCCAGAGAUUCCGGCGACAGUUCCCAGUCCAGAGCUUCUGGCGACAGUUCCCAGUCCAGAGCUUCUGGCGACAGUUCACAGUCCAGAGCUUCCGGCGACAGUUCCCAGUCCAGAGAUUCCGGCGACAGUUCCCAGUCCAGAGCUUCUGGCGACAGUUCACAGUCCAGAGCUUCCGGCGACAGGUCCCAGUCCAGAGCUUCCGGCGACAGUUCCCAGUCCAGAGAUUCCGGCGACAGUUCCCAGUCCAGAGCUUCCGGCGACAGUUCCCAGUCCAGAGAUUCCGGCGACAGUUCCCAGUCCAGAGCUUCCAGCGGCGUCUCACAGUCCGGAACCUCCAACGUCGGUCCACAGUCCGGAACCUCCUACGAUGGUCCACAGUCCAGAACCUCCUAUGACUGUCCACGGCCUGGAACCUCCUGAGAUGGUAAAACGGCCCGCACCAGAGCCACCACCAAAUAUGGUGGAUCCGAGAGCCGAGUGGGUUCUUCGUCCCGCACCAGAGCCGCCCCCAAUGUUGGUGGAUCUGCAGGAUGAGCGGGUUCUUCGUCCUGCACCAGAGCCGCCACCGGCACUAGACACCCCCCCAACCCUCCCUUUUUUUCAGGUUUUGCGGUCGGAGUCCGCACCUUUGGGCGGGUGUACUGUCACGUCCUGACCAUAGAAAGCCUUUAUUUUCUAUGGUAGAGUAGGUCAGGACGUGACUAGGGGGGUUAGUCUAGUUUAUAUUUUCUAUGUGGGGUUCUAGGUUGUUUUUUCUAUGUUGGGGUUUUUGGUAUGAUUCCCAUUUAGAGGCAACUGGCUGUCAUUGUCUCUAAUUGGGGAUCAUACUUAAGUAUCAUUUUUUCCACCUGUGGGUGAUGGGAUAUUGUUCAUGUUUAGUUGCUUGUUUCACUGCGUUGUCGUCACGGUUCGUUUAUUCUAUAUUUGUUUUGUAUUUACUUAAGUUUCACUUUCAUUAAAAUAUGUGGAACUCACAGUACGCUGCACCUUGGUCCGACCAUCAUUAUUACGAACAUCGUGACAACGCGGCUUUAAACGUUUUUUAUUGUGUGGUGGAGCUGCAUAAGUGUUGCUCUCCACUUUCUGGAGGAUCAAGUUUUGAUACUAUAGGUGGAGAGGUGAGGAAGAGAAGAGAAGAGAAGAGGGAGAGAUACUAUAGGUGGAGAGGUGAGGAAGAGAAGAGAAGAGAAGAGGGAGAGAUACUAUAGGUGGAGAGGUGAGGAAGAGAAGAGAAGAGGGAGAGAUACUAUAGGUGGAGAGGUGAGGAAGAGAAGAGAAGAGGGAGAGAUACUAUAGGUGGAGAGGUGAGGAAGAGAAGAGAAGAGAAGAGGGAGAGAUACUAUAGGUGGAGAGGUGAGGAAGAGAAGAGAAGAGGGAGAGAUACUAUAGGUGGAGAGGUGAGGAAGAGAAGAGAAGAGGGAGAGAUACUAUAGGUGGAGAGGUGAGGAAGAGAAGAGAAGAGGGAGAGAUACUAUAGGUGGAGAGGUGAGGAAGAGAAGAGAAGAGAAGAGAAGAGGGAGAGAUACUAUAGGUGGAGAGGUGAGGAAGAGAAGAGGGAGAGAUACUAUAGGUGGAGAGGUGAGGAAGAGAAGAGAAGAGGGAGAGAUACUAUAGGUGGAGAGGUGAGGAAGAGAAGAGAAGAGGGAGAGAUACUAUAGGUGGAGAGGUGAGGAAGAGAAGAGAAGAGGGAGAGAUACUAUAGGUGGAGAGGUGAGGAAGAG